AAACCUGACCCAUCCCAUCUAAGCAUCCCUCAACCAAAAACAUAAAAAGAACUGGCCCACCUCUCUCACUUUCUCACCCAUGAGUCACCCAUCUGCAGCCGCACAACAGCACACGGUUUCUGGAGAGUAAACUCACUUUCUCCUCUCUCGCCGGCCGCCGCCUCACACACGCGGCACGCCCACUGCCACAGCCCACAUGCACCGCCCCUGACCAAACCUCUGUUUCGCAAAGCCUUGCCUUGAUUUUGCAGUCCGAUGGCGAGUCGUUUCUUCUCAAAAAAAUUGGGAAUCCGUAAUUUGGCUUCAAUAUUUAGAGUUGGAGAGUUUGUGAGAAGUAGCAAGUCCAUUAGUGACACUUCAACUUCGUUGCCAUUGAGAUCUUCUGUUGCAGUUUUCGACCGCAAAUAUGUGUGGGGUUUCAGGGAAUACCAUGACGGAAGGCCAAGGGGUCCCCUUUGGAGGGGAAAGAAGCUCAUUGGCAAAGAGGCUCUCUUUGUGAUAUCCGGGUUGAAGAGGUUCAAGGACGACGACGAUGUGCUUCACAAGUUCAUCAAAACCCAUGUUCUGCGCCUCUUGAAGGUUGACAUAAUUGCUGUUCUCACAGAACUUGAGCGCCAACAAGAAGUUUCUCUCGCUUUCAAGGUGUUUAAGGUGAUGCAAAAGCAGGAUUGGUACAAACCUGAUGCAUUCUUGUAUAAGGACUUAAUUAUUGCACUUGCAAGGUCUAAAAAGAUGGAUGAAGUGUUGGAAUUGUGGGAAAGCAUGAGAAAAGAGAAUCUGUUCCCUGAUUCUCAGACUUAUACUGAAGUCAUAAGGGGCUUCUUGAAUUAUGGUUCUCCUGCAGAUGCAAUGAACAUAUAUGAGGAUAUGAAGAAUUCUCCGGAUCCACCAGAGGAGUUGCCAUUCAGAAUCUUGUUGAAAGGACUCUUGCCACAUCCUCUUUUGAGAAACAAGGUGAAACAAGAUUUUGAGGAGAUCUUCCCGGAUUCCAGCAUUUAUGAUCCUCCACAAGAGAUAUUUGGCGUCCGAUAAGAACAUGCUUCUCCGAUGAAAGAAUGUGAGCUGGUCAACCAUUUUCUGAUGCAAAUGUUGUGUUGGACAGUGAGUGGUCUGUCCCAGUGGUUAUUUGGGACUAAAUUGACAGUGAGUGUUCUGUCCAGGGGUCAUUUGAGACCAAAUUGCAAGAUAUUGGUUUCUCGCAUAUUUUGUAUGCUUGAAAGAAUGAGUAGAGUUGCAGAAAUCCAUCAUUAUCGAGUGAAUAUUACAGAUCUUUCUGUAAGUUGUGAUUUAUCUAGGAUGUGAUUGUAUUGCACUUGAUUAAAGAUGAGUUUUUUCUGCAUAGCUUCCUCCUUUUCAUACCCGCAACAUAUCUGUGCAUUUGAUCAUCGACAAUUCUUCUGAUUAUCUUGAUCAUGAUUCAUGAUCAAGUGUUAUGAUGCGUAUUACAAAAACUGCAGUUUACGGUUUGUUCAUGUU